AUGAAUACAUUUUCUGCAGUUCACUCAAAAAAAACAACAAAAACAAAGAUAGUUAAAACAUUUGUUGCCACUGCAUGGAAGUUAUCUAAUAGCGACGACCAGCGUAACACGUUGUCGUGUGAGAAUCAUCAGUGGAAUUCAAAGCUUCAUCAUCUGAUCAUUGAAAAGUUUAAAGUGCACAAAUAA